AUGUCCUUUGGUGCCUUCUCCUCAUCCUCUGAGCUCCUCCACCCAUGGCACCUCCUCUUCCUCCGAUACCUCCUCCUCCUCCCAUGGCUAUUUUCUGUCUGGGCCCUAUCCAGUUUGUCUGCCCGGGCGUUUAGGGGAAAGGAUCAAUGGCAGCUGUUCAUGGGGCCAUUGCAGUUCAUCCAAGUGUUGUUCCUCUGUGUCGUUUUCAUGAUGGUGGAGCUCAACACAUUUUUCCUUAAAUUCUGCCUCUGGAUCCCUCCGAGGAAUCCCUUGGUUGUGUACAGAUUGAUCCUCUGGUGGCUGAUCGCGAUCCCGACCAUCCGCGAGUACAACUCAUACCUGCAGGACAGCAAACCGGUGAAGAAGGUCGGGGCCUUCUGUUGGCUCUCUGUAGCCAUAUGCAUAGUGGAGCUGCUUAUCUGCAUGAAGUUUAGGCAUGGUCUUUUUCAUGAUCCGAUGCCUACCUGGCUGAUCAUCUUUUGGAGGUCGGCGGGGAUAGCAUUCGUGAUCUUCUUGCUCGCCUGGUCGUGGAGGAACUACCAGAAAUUCCGGAGAAAGAAUCUUUGA